UAUAAGAGUGAGAACCUAACCCUAGCACACCAAAAUCACGCCCCCACUCCCAAAAUCACGUCUCUCUCUUUCUCCCCACUCUCUCAAAAUUUUCUUCUACUUUCUCCAAUAUUUCUUCAUCUUUUGGAGAAGAAUUGAAGUUGAAAUCCAAGAAUCUUUGAAGAAUGAGGCUACUACUUUGUUUCUACCGUUCAUUCUAUCAAAAAAGGUGAUACCUCGCGCUCACGGAGUGAUAGCAAGAAGAAGAACAUACUUGUGAUCUAGGAAUCGAGAUGCUUAACCGGUAUUACGCACGGAUACGAGACCGUUACGCGAAGAACAAUGUUUUCCCUGUCGAGACCUACCAAGAUUUUGAAUGGGACGGAAAGUCUUUCCUCCUGACCUACGUCACCGAAUUCUACGAUCGUUGGAUGGAUGCAUACGCGUAUGGAGGAGCUACCCAUCACGCGGGGAUCUCGAGAUUGAUCCACAGCCUGCCAAGUCCUUGGAGCGAAUGGACUGCCCAAGCUGCGUUACCAUAUACGUGGUUCAGUCCGCCCGAGUAUACGCCUCGAGGUGAUAUGAUCGGCUUGAUAGGGGUGCUACUCCCAGCCAUGGCAGCUGCAAGAGAUGGACCGCCGCUUAGUCCCCCACGGCACAAGUAUCCGCCGAGUCAGGCCCGUCGAUGGAGAUAUCGUCGUGAUAAGGAGCUGCAUCUUGAUCGUGUCCCUACUAAACCGAGACUUAGGACUCGUACGUCUAACCCGUUGGUUAUAAAUGGGAAUGUGGAGGACAUGCGUGCGAUAACCCCCCCGCCCCCAGAUGUUGGUGGAUCAAGCGAAGAUGAGGAACCUUACGAGGAAGGACAUGAUUUGGACAUGGGAAAUGUUGAUGAGGAUGAGGACCCCGAGGAGGAUAUGAACGAUAUUGACUAGGAGUGAUAGUCGUGGAAAACGUUGUUUUGCUUCCCCCAUAUUUUGAUUAUUUUUGCUAAACUUUUGUCGUACCUUUCUAUUUUUGCUCUUUUGAAAUUCCGUUGAUACUAAGACCUCAUUGAGGCAAUGUUUUUGAUUGAUAUGC